UUUAUUUGAAAUCGCUGAUUUGAAACCCAAAUUAUGUCUUACUGCUUUUCAUUCGUGUAAACCACCCUUUAUGAAGCAUCCUUUGAUUCAACAUCAAAGCGACAUGCUAAACAUCUCAAAGUAGAAGGAUGGAGCACAAAAUUUAACAAAAAAAUAAAGAAAAAAAACAAUAGUCAAAAAUGGCGGCCAAGUCAAAGAAGCGGCUGUCUAAAAUUGAAAAUAAGUUAUUAAAAUUAGAAAAAUUAGAAUUAAAAGAUGUAUUUUGUUCAAUUUGUCAAUCUAUUUUAAUAGAACCAGUAACCCUGCCGUGUUUUCAUGAUUUUUGUCAUCGAUGUUUUAAUGGCAGCAUAGAAAAUAAUGCUUUGUGUUGUCCUCUAUGUCGAUUACGAAUUGGAUCCUGGCUAAGAACAGCAACAAAACAAAAGAAUUUGGUGAACGUUGAACUUUGGAAUUUUAUUCAAUCGAAAUUUCCUCAAGAAAUUGAAAUUAAAACGAAAGGAGAAGAUAUCCAUUUGCCAGAAGAAACACCAUUGCCCCGUCUAAGUGAGCCUGGAGAAAUACGGUCAGAAUAUGAGGCUGAACUGAGGCGGCUCAGAGAUGAGAGGGUUAGAUUAGAACAAAAGCAUAUACAGGAGACUGAACUAUUAAUCAAGAAACUUCAAUCUGAUGAGGAAGAAGCCCACAAAAAAUAUUUAGAGAACUUAAAACAAGAUGAACUGCUAGCACAACAAAUGCAGCAAGAUCAUGUUAAAGACAAUGUACCACCACCAAACACUCCUAGGAAACUAAAUGUUAAAGCAACAGCUGCAAAACCUAGACUUAAAGCUACUAAAAUUGAUAGUUAUUUAUCUAAAUUACAAGUACCCACCAAUAAAGAUAGUUCACAAAUAAAUAAUGAAGCUAAUGAUAACACCAGCACUGAUGGAUCCACUCCUAAAGCUCCAACAGUCAAGCCUAUGAAUGGAACUUCGCCAGAAAUGGUGCCAAGUUAUGGAAAACUAAUUAAAAGCUUUAUAGAUAAAAAAAAUAAACUUGGCCCUGGUUUAUGGAAUAAAGAAAAUGGAGAAAGUGUUAAAGAAAAGAAAGAAGACCCUAAAAGCACUGAUAAAGAAGUAUGCAAUUCAGAAGAUAAGGUGAAGUCAAAAAACUCAGUUCCUUCCCUCCUUGUGUCCUUGCCACUGCCAUAUACUGGAAUACUACAACACAAAAUAAAUGCAGCUGAAAACAGAAACCUCGAAACUGGAAGUGUUGACUCUAUGCGACAAGAGUUGUGUUACUUCAAACCUAUUGAAUCAACUACUCCAACAAGUUUCAACACAGGUAAAACCCUCCCGCUCCGCGUUCCAGGCGUGCGAGUGGACAAGGAGGCGUCGUCGUCACGUACUGAGCCUGCUCCAAGCCGUGCGCAGUAUUUGGAGGGACUUUGUCGCCUCAGAAAUAUGUCCUUAGCUAAAAACUUACCAUCUGCCUUUGUUAUUGCACUAAAUAUCCUUAAAGUUAAAAAGGAAAACCCCGGCAAAUGCGAGACAAACAGAUCAAAAAUAAAGAAAACUGCAUCAACCAGUCCUUAUGUUGCACCCCUGCCUAUCAAACGAAACAUCAAUAGAAAUAAACAAACUAUUCAUAUUGAUGGCAUUGCUAAAUUGAAUAAUGAAACUAAUCUUAGACGCACUAGAUCUAUGGGAAGUAUUACAAAAGAUGAAAAUGAAACAACACCAAAAAAAGGUAAAAUGAAGCAGAGAAAAGUUUCAUCUGAGAGGAAGCCAUAUUUACGGAGUGAUUCCAAAAAGUCAAGUACCAAAAAGGAAUUAAACAGUCCACCAUUAAUUUCAGAAACAAUAAAUAACAAUAAGGUCAAUUUAGCUGUAAAAAAUUUGUCUAGUCCAUUAAAGAAUUGUGAUGUUAAGAAAAUACUACAAGAGCAGCUCAGAAUUGAAAAGUUGAUUGAACAGGAAAAGAAUGAUUUUGAAUUGGCGCGAAAGAUGGAAGCGGAGUGGAACGGCCGGAGAAAUCCUCGACGGUCCACCAUCAAACGCCAAGUGACCCUCAACUAUGCUCUCAGGCCCGCCAAAAAACUAAAGGUCUAAUGUAACUCCUUAGUCUUAUGAAAGCUUUUUUAGUUUAGACAAUUUAUGUGGUUGUUAAAUUAAUUUGUUUGUUAUUUUAUUUACAUCUGACAUCUGAAAGAUUAACUGUUAUUAGUUAGUAACAGAAAAGAAACCUCUCAGCUAUAUAUUUUAUUAUCAUAGUCAAUCCAAUUAAUUUUGUAUGACAGUGGCAAAAGUGAAUUGUAAAUAAGAAUGUACGAGCAGCGUCAUAUCAUACCUUUAAAGUCGCUAUUUAUGAUUCUAUAAUUUAAAAUGUAUGCAGCUUCUAUUACUCACCGAUUACUUUAAACGUUAGUAAAAUGUAUGUAAAUGUAUAAGUAGGCAGAUUCUUCAGCUACCCAAACCUGUUGAUUGUAUAAGAAAAAUAUGAUUUUAUAGCACUAAAUGAAACAUUAUACUAUUAUUACUUUGUUGCUUUCAUUCGAUGCUAUCAGAUUAGACAUUUGUGUUGGGUGUAUGUUAGAACUAAGAACAUCUCAUUGCUGACAAUACCUUUAUUAGUUUCAUCAAUCACAAAAGAGAGUCACUUUGAAAUAACAGAAGUAGAAUGCAUGAAACCCUCAAUACUUGUUGGGGUGACCAUGCAUUUUGGGUAACCAUUUUUAUUUUAAAAUCAGUAUCAGAGGUUGCUUCAGAUAACGUCGAGAUCCAUUAGAUUCACUUGAAAUACUUAUAUAUUUAUGUGCGAUUGAAUUAGUAUGGACUUGGCAGUCAUGAAUUUAGGAAAUAUUUAAACUUCGGAAAUUUCAACUGGGUCAUAAUGUUUCUGUGCUAAGAUAAACUUAUAAAGGUAGCAUAUAUUAUAGGGUAUCAAAAUGUCUAAUCUCCAAUUAAUAAUAAUGUAAAAAUAUAUCCUAGUAUCCAUAACAAAAUAAUGUAGACGCAUUAUUGAAAUUAAUGUAAAUCGAAUUGAAGAAAUCCUCUAUAUAACAUUAUUUUAUACUUGUACUUACGUAAAUAUAAAGACUACGUAUAAAAUAAUGUUAUUUUGCUAUCGGUACCAGGGAGUAAAAUUACACACUUUGAUUUAAAUUUACUUUCAAUGCACGCUACUACAGAUGACGCCAAAAUUGGGCGAAAACUCCUCUUCUUAAAAGUAUUCGAAUUAAUAACAAACAAUGUGUGUGGGCAUGUGGGUUGAAGGCCUAUUCUUUUUCAAUUCAAGAGAUACACGAUUCAGUAAUAGAGUGUGUGCAACUACAGUGGAAGCGGAGCGGGUAACACAAACAUACUUUUUGACUAAGUCGAACCAACUGGGGACGGGGUGGGUGAGAGAGGACACCGCAGUUAAAACUAAGCAAACGCUGACGCUGUUAUUGCAUACUAAGAGAUUCCCAGAACUCUUAAUUAUGACAUUACAGAUAAAAAGCGUCUAACCUUGGAUCUUAGUUCACACGCCAAAAAUCUGAAAUUCCAUAUUCAGGAUCAGUGAAUUUCUUUAAAACAUAAUAUUUUUUUAACUAACUCCAUAUAUAGAUAACAAGUCUUGGCGAAUUUCUUCAGAAUUUACUAUUCAGAACCCAAGUUAGACUAUCAUAGACCUUUAAAUAAUUUCGCUGUUACAGUUUCACCAGAAUGGGCCUUCAAUCCAUUUUAACACUUAAAAAUCCCGAGUACUUCAUAUUUUUUCUAUGGAACUUAAGUCAGCAGGAUAAAAAGGGAAACAACUGUCUCAAGUUUUCGUAUUUAUCAGCAAUUAGGGUGAAAGCGCUCGCAAUAAUUUUUAUGGAAAUAAACGCUUUUUAAAAAUGAUACAGCAUGAUAUCUAUUCAAGAUAUGCAUCAAUCUAUUAGAAUAUAACAUUUACUUGAUUCUGAAUAUCUGGAUUUCAAAGUGUUGUAUAAUGUAGAUAUCUUGUUCUCAGAUUCGAAAAAUAGGGAUGUUAUAUAUUAGUACCUAUGUGAUUACUCGUCGACUACCGGCUGUUUGGCUAUUUGUAAGUAGACCCAUUAUCGCCUGGCACUUUAACUGUAAAAGUUAGAAAGCUUUAUUGUAAUUGAUCGCUCGUAGUUCUUUCCCGCGUUUAGGUUUCAGAAAAAAAUGUUACCUUAUCAGUAGACGCGGUCAGCGAUUUCGUCGAUGAUUCUCUUAUUUUCAUACUAUUAAUAAAACGGGUCAAGUGCGAGUCAAACUCGCAUUGUAAGUGUUCGUUCUGUUUAAUAACUGUAAUACAUGUAUUUUUUGUAAGAAAUACGCUAUAAAAAUAUAAAAUUCUUUUGUAUAUCAAAGUGUACGUUAUUGUGCAACAUCAAUAUGAUAGAAAACCAAUUUAUGUAAAAAAAUGCUAGUUACUGUAAUAUUAUACCAGUCAGAUAGUCGGUUAGAACGACGGAAGGCCGGAAUAUAGAUGCAGCUUCUAAUAGCUCUACUAAGUACAGUUCACUGGAAACAAUUCGUAGAAUUCAUAUUUGAUAUUAUUAACCUCAUGGUUUGUUCGUAAACGACUUCCCAUGGAUCUCAUGACGUGUGAUUAACUUGUGAUGUAAGAAUUUUAAGUUUAAAAUGUAUAGGUGUACGUAUUUAUAAUGUGGUGCUCUUGAAUCCAAUUAUCGUAAUAGAAAGCUUCCACACUUUGCAAACAAUAUACCUACUAUAAAAAGUAAA